AUGGAUAAGGCCGAUCAAAGCGUUCCAAGUCAGGAGGCGCCAGCUAAUCCUGCUGUCAGUGCGUUAGAACCACAGCAACAGGCAGACGUUAAAGAAGAGACGCAAGUGGAAAAUGAUCCUUCGAGGACGGAAAUCAAACCGGAAACGGUUGAAGUGAAUUCCGAGGGCGACGCCGCCUCUAACGGAAAUGUGGACGCUGUAAAACCGUCGGACGAUUGGCUGCAACGGGAACAGGCGUUAUUGAAGAAAAUAGAAGAGCUGGAGAAAGUUAAAAAUGAAAGGAGCGAAGACGGGCUUCGAUUGGAAUUGAAAGUACGCGAAGAAGAGAUAGACCUGCUGAGGAGCAGAAUAAAGAAUCUCGAGACGCAGCUGCAGGCGGCGCUCUCGAAGCCGGCCGGCAAGAACCAGGAGGUGAUACAGAGCAUCAAGCAGCAGCAUGAGGAGUUGUUAAGCAAAGCGCGCGGCAUGAUCUUCGACAAGACCAAGAUGGUGAAGAAUCAAGAGCUGCAAAUAGAGGCGCUCACCACGCAGGUGCAGUCGCUGAAGGACAUCAACGUGAUCACCAAGGACCUGCUGAACAUCAGGAACGCGGAGGUCAAGGCCAUGGAGGACCGGCUGGAAGCGAUGGAGGCGCGCUUUAAGGCGGAGAAGGAGCGGCACUCACUGGUGCUGCAGCGCGCGCAGACCAGCUCCAGCCUCAAUGACGACCUCAAGAAGGAGUACAUGACCCAGCUCGCUAUAUUCAAGGAGUUACGGGAAAAAUAUGAGCAGAGGGUGCAGGCCUUGGUGUCUGAGAACCAGCAGUUAAAGGAUUUGAGGAAGGCGGCCGCAUCCAGUUAAAGUUAACCGCUGGUCGUUGGAACUGAAGACUGUUAACCAAAUUAUUUUACUGUAUUUAUUUUAUUAUUUUAAUAAAUAACAAUUAGAUGUG